AUGACUCUGGCUCAGACACAGGCUCCCAGUGCGCCCAAUCCCGUGGUCCGGAGCCCCCUGAUGGGGCUCAUGAUUGACAACUCUCACCGAGGGAGACGGGACGCUCAUGUCAGUCUGCGGCAGAUAGAGACGAUCUCACUGGGUGUGCAGGAGAUGCCCGCUCCAGCUGGUGCCGAGGGGGGGUUUAUCGCCCGGUUGGCCGGUGGCUCCUCGCACCCCUCCGCUGUUCCUGGCCACCGUCGCCGCCGCGUUUAA